AUGCCACAGUCUAAGAUUAUACAUUGUUAUAGUUUAUUAUCAAUAUUGCAAAAUAAAAGUCAAUACUACAUUUAUUUCAAUAAUAAAACCAUUAUUUUACUUUAUCAGAGAAAUCUUCGUUGCUUCUCCUUUGCCAAACUCUACUACAAUGUUGGUGACUAUGAACAAACCAUCAGAUAUGUUACGUCAUACCUGAGUAUAAAACCCAAAUCACCAGAAGGUCAUAAUCUACUGGGUAAAGCAUUGGAACGAUUGGGCAAAAAGCAGGCGGCCCUUGAAGCAUAUAAAGCCAGUCUACAGCAAGAUCCUAGACAAAAUAAUUUAGUUCUCAAAGUUUGUGAAUUGAUGGCUCAAGAUGAUGUAGAUGUUGAAAAAUCCGGUGCACAAUAUUUUCAUGAUUUGGCUCAAUCAUUUGAUCCCAGAAAUCCGAUAGUAUCAAACCUGAAAGAAAAACUCAUUUCAAACGGAAGUAAAGAUCCUAAUGAAAUUUCACAAUUUUUACUGAAAGAACUUGAAAAUAGGCCCACAGAUGUAAAUUUGAGAGUGAAACUUCUCAAACACUUUUUGGAAAAUAAUAUGAUAAAGGAAGCUUAUAAGCAUGCCUAUGAUAUUGAACAAAAAAAACUGGGCAUUUUUGACAGUAGCAUCGCCUGGUAUGAGAUAUUUGCAGAAGUUUUGGUCAGAUACCAGAGAGAUGCAAGCAUUUCAACACAACUCACUUGGGAAUUUUGGUUUUUGUCAACUUCUGUAUUGGAAAAACUUGCUGCACUGUCUUUAAGCGAUCAUCUUGAAAAUAUGAAGACCACAGAGUAUAUAACAGCAGUUUUCAAUUUCGAUCAGUCCUUACUUAAAGUCAGCCAAAAUGUAGCAUCAUGCCCAGACAAGUCCCUAUUAAAAGAAUUCCUCAAUCAUUUUGAAGCUCAGUUAUGCUUGCAUUUGAGUGUUCUAGCUUUUAAGCAAGCCAAACAGGAUUUGAUGACUUUUAAGGAGGUGGAAAAUCUAGUCCUCCCAUUGCUUUUUAUUGCUUAUAAUAUACCAGUGCCUGACACCCAAGCUAUUUGGUUUAAUGUUUUGCCAGAAAAUAGAAGAUUAUUAGUGACUGGAUGGUAUAAGGAGGCAGCAUUUAGGUGCUCACAAGCUGGCAAUAUUUUGCUAGGUUUGGCUAAGGAUAGAAGAAAUAUUCUUUUGGAAAAAGCCCAUCAGUAUUCCACUGGAAUUUGGAGAGAGAAUGUUUAUAAAAAGAUUUUUGUCAAACGCGAUCAGCAAACAAAAGCUAACACUAGUUUUUUUGUUGCAUCAAGUCUGGAACCUACCAUCAAACUACCAGAUUUAAUAGAUCUUAUUAAAUAUAAUGAGAUUGCCCAAACUGUUACCCCAAGCUCUCUUCAUCACUACAUUUGGUUAGCUCUCAACUACCAAAAUCUAUCAGAAUUCUCACUGAAAUCUUUUGAUGGUCUACAAUACACUGUUAAAAAUUUAGCUAAUUGUGCAGCAGAAACACUGAAUAUUUUAGAUGUCCAAAGUUUCAUUUAUUGUGCCACUCUUUGUGCACAGUCCAGGAUCAAGAAUGCUGACAGUACAAUAACAUAUUUUCAAAAAGAUAGGCCUCCAGUAUUACCAAUUUCAAUAACUGGAAAUUUGGGAACACUUAACCAAGCUAAAUUUUUGCAAGCAGCUUAUAAGAUGUACAAGCAUGAAUAUACUUCUGAUAUUGGAGCGAUCAGAUUAGUGCUAAUAAGAGGAAUUGAGGUUAUACGUUGUGCAGGAAAUCAUGGGCUCGACGUAAAACUUCUAGUAACAUUGGCGUCUACAUUUGCAGAAAAAGUCAAACAUUUAACUACCCAAACUGAAAUUGAUGGCAGCUCAGCCAGGGCUGAGUUAUAUUGGAAAACAGCAUUGCCGCUAUUGGACAAAUUGAAAAAUCAACACCCUCUAGUUUACCCCAAUAACAGAAUGUUUGAAUAUAAAAGUAACAAGGAAUUGAGCCAGGAUGAAAUAGCAAUGUAUAUUGAAAAAGCUAAAAUCUUCAUAGGCAUUCAGUUCAUGAAGAAGAAGGAAUAUGAGCGAGCAAUGGACAUUUUUGAAGGCCUUAAAGACCCAUAUGCCAGUUUUUAUCAGUCACAAAUUUAUAGGCACAUGGCCGAUGCCAAAACCAACCAUCACAAAGAAAAUGUGACUUCAGAAAUGAGAAGCCAAAACAUCAUUCUUUUGUCAAGGGCACGUGAUUGCUUGUAUUUAACUUUGGACCGCCUCAGAGAACCAUCACAGGAUAAAGACCACCCAUUAAAUGCUCAAUUAGGGACAGAAAUUGAAAAAACUGAAAGGCUUUUGUCAAGGAUUGAUCCAGAUUGUACUAACAGAAAUGAAUGUGAUGGAAUGUCUGAUGAAAAUGUCUCUGAUGACUCAGUAGGUGAACAUUAUCUGAGCACCUACACACACCAUACAAGCUUCCCUAAUGGGCGCGAUUUGAGCGCAAAAAAUGACACUUUGCAAAUGCAUUCUACACCCAUUAGAUUUCCAGUGCACAGGCAGGAAGCUAGACCCAGUCCAGAAAGGUUGGAUGCCCAGUUACGUCAAUUAGUUGCCUCAAAAGAUUUGGUUAUCAACAACGUGAUGGAGCAAAACAGAAGGAUGAUGACUGAGCUUCAGCAAUGCUUGACUGAUGAAAUUAGAGACGCCCUCAAAAAUAUGACUGUUACUGUAAGCGAGAAGACUCAAGCAUCCACUGUAUUGAAUAAAAUGAGUGAAGAAAACGGAUAUUUUCUACAAUUAUUAAACGGAAAAGAUGAAACAAUAAAAAUAUUACAUGUUCUAAAGGAAAGAAAUAAUACUGUCGGAGUUUUGGAAACCCCCAUUUGCUUUCUGCAAAGUAAAGGAAUUAUUCAAAAGGAAACAUUAUGUAGCAUAGGUGAUGUCAAAAAAAUGAUAGACGAACUCACCAAUUCAGUUGACGACCGUCUCCAAAGUAUAACUGAUGUGGUGCAAGAAAUGAGAAAAGAACUGAACGACAUCAAAAAGGAACAAAGUAAAAAUGCCCAAUUGAGUGUCGAAGACUUGUAUGAAUUAGAUCCUGACUACAAUUCUUCUAUAGACUACAACUUGGCUAGCAAUAUGGGGGGAGCUCCACCAUCAAACCUAAAUUCGAUGGCUAAUAACAUGUAUCCGAAUUACCAAAGACUUCCACAAGCUCCUGCCCCAAACCUAGCAGCCUAUGGCGGUCAAGGAUUAUAUCCUGGUCUCUAUCCAGGUUUUUCCUAUCCUUACGGACUUGGCUUACCUCAAGCAGGAUUACCAUUUCUACCACCACCACCUGCUGAUCAACAAAUGCCACCAUUGGGCAGUAUGCCAGGUAUGAUGCCACCAUUAUAUCCACCAAUGAAUCCACCUCUGGCCCAUAUCGCUUCCCAGUCGCAAUCUAUUCCGAACCAAGCAAGAGACAGUCCUAAGCCAGCUUAUUCUGCUGCUAGCUUAGGGCAAACUGGAUUUGGUGUUAGUCAAUCUUCAGUGAUUCAACCACCUCAAGGCUUACUACAGGUGAAUGAAAGUCCCAAACUGCCACUAUUUCCAUCUGCAGCUCCUGGCUCCUUUGGUCAAUCUGGAUUUUUGGGCCAGAGCUUGAGUAUUGCUAGCCCUGCAAGCACUAAUGUGCCUUCCUCAAAAGCUCCGCCUGUAAAUGUAGUGAUUACCUCUUCAGAUCCAUUGCCAACAUUCAAAACUACUACAGCUCAACCGAUUUUGUCUGUUACUAUACCUCCGCAGCACAUCAAAGGAAAUGUGCAAAAGCCUGUUGCCCAGACAGUUUCUUCUGCUUCUCAAGCGCACAAUUAUUAUAUACCUUUACCAUCUACUAGUGCAACAGCUACGACACCAUCUAUACUAAGUCAACCUGCUCCUCUUAUUACUACUCAGAGUUUGUUAACCAAUGUCCCUAGCCCAAUUUAUUCUGCUAUUUCUAAGACUCCAUCUAAAAAUGUGUCUUUGGGUAUAGAAAUUGAAAAGGCAUUGGAUAAAACAUUUGCCACGCCUGAUAAAACUAAUACAACCCUUAAUAAAAGCAACAUAUCGACAACUUCAAAUGAUGAAUAUGAUCCUAGGCCUGAUUUUCAACCAAUUAUACCGCUUCCUGAUGAAGUUCCAGUAAAUACAGGAGAGGAAAAAGAAACCGAACUUUUUUGCCAGAGAGCCAAAUUGUUUAGACUUGCCCUUGUCAAUAAUGCAAAAGAAUGGAAAGAAAGAGGUAUAGGUAACAUAAAAAUCCUCUAUAACCCUGAAACUGGUAAAGUGAGAUUACUAAUGAGACGCGAACAAGUGCACAAGAUUUGUGCCAAUCACUUUUUGACAGAAGAUAUGGCAUUGACUCCAAUGUCCAACAAUGACAGGGUCUAUAUUUGGGCCGCACAUGACUAUGCAGAUGGGGAAUUGGUGGUAGAGAAGUUUUGUGCCAAAUUUAAAACAGCCGAGGAAGCUAAGAAGUUUGCAGAAGCUUUUAGUUCAGCCAAAACUAAAAUUACUGAAAAACCAUCUGGCACUGUGGAAACAGCUGAAACCAAGAAGUCAUCCGCUCCAAGCACUCCCAAAGUAGAAGUAUCCUCAGCAACCGCGGCCUGCAAUUUAGGAGGAUUCAAAUUUGUCAGUGCCCCAACAUUUAAGCCUACAGAUUCACCCAAACCUGCACCCAAAGUGGAAGAAGUCAAAGACAAACCAGCUCCAGCCAGUCCGUUUGCAGCGUUUAGUUUCGGUUCCAAACAAACAGGAACCCCUGUUAAAAAUCUUUUUGAAAAUCUAGAACCGGCAAAGUUUAGUCCGCUUGUUGUGUCACAAAAUAAUUCGAAAGUUGAGACUCCUAAACAAGGUGAAGAUGAGGUUGAAGAGUUUGUACCUACUGCUAAAUUUAAGCCUGUUGUUGAAAAACUUCCUGAUUUAGUAGAAAUUAAAACAGGGGAAGAAAAUGCUAAAGUAUUAUUUGAAGAACGGUGCAAACUGUUUAGGCUUGAUAAAAGUGGCGAAAAAACUGAAUGGAAAGAACGUGGAGUUGGUAAUAUAAAAAUCCUCAAAGAUGACUUGUUACGUUUGGUAAUGAGAAGGGAUCAAGUUCACAAAGUAUGCCUGAACCACCAAGUGCCCAAAGACAUGUCUUUUAAAAAGAACCCAACCGAUCCAAAAGCGAUCAUAUGGCAUGCACAAGAUUUCUCUGAAGGAAUCCUUAAACCGGAAACUUUGACAGCUCGAUUCAAGAAUGAAGAAUUGGCUAAUACGUUCUUGAAAACCUUACAAAAUUCGCAAAUCUCUAUGGACGAAAAUGAUGAGGUAACUGGAAAUAAGCAUCACAAAGCUGAAGAAGCUCCAAAAAUUGGAUUUGGUGAAAAGUUUAAGGCGGCCAAGGGUAGUUGGGAAUGUAAAAACUGUUAUAUUCUUAAUGAAGGAAAAGCAAAUCAUUGUGUAGCCUGCGACUCACUUAAAGCUGGAUCAUCUCCUAAAAAGGAGGAACCUACAUUCUCUUUUAGUGUGAAACCAACUUCUGAUACCAGUAAAACUGAGGUUACAAUAACUCCAAUUGGAGGUGGUUGGGGCAAUCAAUUCAAAAAAGCUGUAGGAUCUUGGGAUUGUCAAACAUGUUAUGUCACAAAUGCUGGAGACAUAACAAAAUGCAUUUCUUGUGAAACACCUAAAGAAGGAACCGCUGCAGAUAAGACGUCAUCUUCUGGAGGCUUGAAGGGAAUUUCAUUGGAUACAGGAGGCCAAACAUUUACUUUUGGCAUUCCACCAUCUACAGCGAAACCUGAAAACACUACCACUGUGACUCAAAAACCAGAACAACCCCUACAAAAAUUCUCGUUUAGCGUUCCACCACCUGCCACCAAAAUCGAUUCCACCUCUGUUGUAUCCGGAUUCGGUGACAGUUAUAAACCUAAACCCGGAACUUGGGAAUGUAAAUCUUGCUACAUCCGAAACGAAGCGGGUAGUUUGUAUUGCUUGAGCUGUGACUCUCCUAAAGACGAUUCUGUACCUAAGAAAGAGCCUACAGGGCCUAAAGGGAUCAACUUAGAAACACCUGGGAUGAAAUUCAAUUUUGGUAUGCCAGCUACCACUUCAGCAUCAAAUGUUACCUCGUCAUUUGCUUUUGGCGAUAGCAGCGCCAAUAAAGUAAGUUUUUCAUGGAAACCUCUGGAAACUGUUAACAAAGACGAUGAUAAAACUGAUGACCAGUUUGUUUUCGGGUCGCCCCAGAAACAUGAUUUUGAUUUUAAACCUAGAAGCCCGCGUAAAAUUAGUACUGGACAAGGAGAAGAAUCAGAUGCUAGUUACGUAGAAGAAGAGGAUGUUACUGUUUAUUUCAAGCCAGUGGUUCCACUACCUGAUAUUGUUGUAGUUAAAACUGGAGAAGAGAAUGAAAAAGUUUUGUAUUCGCAUAGAGCCAAACUAUUUAGAUUUACUAAUGGAGAAUGGAAGGAAAGAGGUCUGGGAGAUGUUAAAAUUCUCAAGGAUAGUAUUAAUGGAAAACUUAGGGUUGUAAUGCGCAGAGAACAAGUACUCAAAAUCUGCUUGAAUCACUGGCUAACAACAGACAUCGAAUAUUUGUCUAAGGACGAAAAAACCUGGCUUUUCCACGCUGCUGAUUUUUCUGAGAGUGAGCUCAUUCGUGAUCAAUUUUGUUUGAGAUUCAAGAGCGCUGAAAUUGCUCAGGAAUUUAAAAAAGCCGUUGAUGAUGCUUUGGCUGGUAAAGAUACAGAACAAAAAAUUGUUGACGUCAAAACAACUAAAGAAGAGUCUGAUUCAGAUGUUGAGUUUGUCUCUGAAACCCAAGUGACUGCAGAGGAAGAAAAAGAAGCAGUUCGAUUGGGAUUGCCACCUAAAUUCUUAGCUUAUAGACAAAGGCCAGAUUGUAGCUGCGAACAAUGCAAAAAAGAUGAUGAAUACCUAAAAGAAUUAUUCAACAAAGAACCUGUCAAACCAAUACCAAAAUCUAGUAGCUUAAACACCACUUUGUUUGGUACUCCAGUAGGUAGUUUAGGCACACCUUCAUCUGGUAGUGUUUUUGGUUCUCCAGCAACCAGUUUCACUUUUGGUACUCCUAAAGAUGUCACCCCCACUAUUCGACAACCAAAAGCAGAGACUUUAAGAGCUUUGCUCACAAAAACUCCUGUUUCCCAAGAAUCCACUAUGAAAGCAGAAAAUGCCACUACGCCUACAUCUGCUUCUCUGGUCAUGGCUGCUAAUACUCCAAAGGCCACUGAUAAUAUUACACCUAAAACAGUUCCAACAUUUCCUGGUUUUGUUUUUGGAGGCUCUAUUCAAAAAACUAACAACUUUGGAGCUAGCCCCUCUUCUAUUUUUGGCGGCACUCCUAUAGAUGAAAAGAUUGCUGAUAAACCUAAAGAAGGAGCUAGUAUUUUUGGUGGUCCACCAAAAGCGGAAUCUACCAUUUUUGGUACUCCAAAAGAAGGCACUAAUAUAUUUGCUAAUCCACCAAAAGAAGCUAGUAUCGUUAGUGGCCCACCAAAGGAAGAAGCUUCUAUCUUUAGUACCCCAAAAGAAAGUACUAAUAUAUUUGCCGGUCCACCAAAAGAAGGAGCUAGUUUAUUUGAGCUGCCAAAAGAGGGAGCUAAUAUUUCUGGCCAACCAAAAGAGGGAGCAAGUAUUUUUAGCUCAACAAAAGAAACAUCUAAUAACAUCUUUGCAUCAUCAAAAGACAACAUUUUUGCUAUUAAACCUAGUAAUUCGGAAGCUAAUUCAAAGUCACUUUUCACUCCCAAGAGUAAUCUAUUCAGCGCCCCUACAGGCACUCCAAAUUUGUUCCAAAGUAGUCCAAGCUCAACUAAUAUUUUUGGGAGUAGCUCUGGCACGAGCCUUUUUGGAGCAACAACUAAUACAGGUUUGUUCGGUACUUCAUCCCAAGGAAGCAUCUUUAGUAACUCUACUACACCGUCGAAAAAUCUUUUUGGACAAACAAUUUUUGGUAAUAAAUCUGAACCCAAAAUCACCGAUGCCACUUUGAGUUUUGGUUCUACAGAGAGUGCGGCUUCAAAUGCACCUGUAUUUAAAACUGAUGACAGUUUUUCAUUUGCUAAUUUAGCUGCAAAGGUCAAUUCUCAAACUGAGUCUACAUUUACCGCUAAAAGUGACAAUAAGAACCCGUUUGCACACUUAGGAGCCGGUACACCUGUGUUUGGAGGUGCUGGAGUGACUAAAAAAGCAGGUAAGGCGACCUCCAAUAAAGACCAAUUAAACAAAACUGAAGAACAAGAAGGCUCUGACAAUGAAGAGGAAGAAGGAGGUAGCGAGCACGACCCUCAUUUCGAACCUAUUGUACCUUUGCCUGAUCAAAUUGUAGUUUCCACAGGCGAGGAAGAUGAAGAUGUUUUAUUCAACGAAAGGGCUAAAUUGUUUAGGUUUGAUAGCAACACCAAGGAAUGGAAAGAGAGGGGCAUAGGGCAGCUGAAAAUUUUAUAUCAUCCCAAAAAUAAGACCUACAGGAUCCUUUUGCGUCGCGAGCAAGUACACAAAGUAGUCUUAAAUCAAAGACUCACUCCAGAUCUAGAACUGCAACCGAUGUCUACGUCUGACAAGGCUUGGAUAUGGGCAGGAAUGAACUACACUGAUGAAGAGGCAAAUCUGGAACAGCUUGCUGUUCGAUUUAAAUUCUCAGAACUUGCUGUGGCUUUUAAAAAGUGUAUUGAAGAAAAUAUUAAAAAGCUGGUUGAAACUUUGGCCAAUAAAAGUCAAUCCAGUGACAGCCAACCAAUCACUGUUCGUGAUUUCGGUUUGGAAAACAUCUCUAAUGAUGAAGUGCAAGAAUAUAAUGAAUACGACGAGGAUGAAGAUGACGAGGAAGAUGAUGAAGAUGAUAGAGCUAUAAUGUUUUCUAAACGUUGUACUCUAAGCCUGCAAACUGAAGCCGGAUGGGAGCAGAUUUGCAUGGGAGAGCUGCAAGUAUUUUACGAUCCAGAACUUUUCGUGGCCAGAAUAAAUGUUAUUGCAGAUAAUGGGCAAAUUGUCUGCAACACUAUUAUUGGAAAGAAUACUAUGAUGGCGAUUGAUGGCAAAGAAUGUUGGUGGAAAGGUGUAGAUUGGACCGACAUAGAUUCACCCCAAUGGCAGACUUUCAAAGCCACUUUUAGUAGCACUGCAGCUGCUGAAGAAUUUCAUUCAAACUUUUUAGAGGGUAUUUCUUAUGCCCAAGAAGUGGAUCUGGACGAUGGGUUGCAAACAAUUGAUGGUGGCGCAGAAAGUGAUAAUUUAGAUUAAAUUAGAUUAUAAGUAUAAUCAAGGCAUAAAAUUUGUAAGGAAAUUUCUGUAGGUAUUACGAUUUUAUUAUUAACAGGUCACACUGAAAUUAUGAAAUUAUUAUACUAUACUAAUAAUUAUUAUUAUAUUAUUUUUUAUACUUUAUACAGGGUUCUUCCUUAAUAGUUAACUUGAUCUAUUCUUUAAGGUACUGAAUAGAUUUCAUUUUGGACUGAUUAGUAAUUGAUACAAAAAAAAAAAUGUAAACGCUUAUAUAGAUUUAAUAAGGAAAAAACCUGUAGAAACAUGAUAUAAUUAGUUUGAUUUUACUAGAUUUUUUGGGCUCUUUUGAUGUUGGCUUUUAUUCAAUUUUGAAAAUUUAGAAAUACUAUUAUGUAAUAGCUUUUUUUUAGUUAUAUUUUUAUUUGUUUAUCGUUUAGUUUUUGUGAAGCAAUAAAUUAGUGCUAUAAUUUU